AUGGCACGGGAUGUUACGAAAGAAAACCAAUCGGACGCGAAUACUCAACAGGAUUACCCCGCGGCUCUUUCCAUGUCUGAUUAUGCAGUUUCCACUGCAACAGACAAGAUGAAGCAUGCGAACAAUAUAAUUCGCCUUAGGAGCGACAUCCAUACUGUCUUCGAUGCUAAGGAGUUUGCUAUCGUUCCCAUCGGUGGCCGUCUUGUGGCAUACUGCCUCAACACACAACCAGGAUCGCAUGUUGCGCGUCUCUACCACGGCGUCGAGCUUCACCCGCUCGGCAAUGCACCCGAACUCCUGUUCGCUCGAUUUGCAUACACAGUCUUUGAGAAUUUACGAGCGUUUCUUGAUGGCUGUACAGAAAGAAAACUCUGCAUUCGGACUGGAAAUACGCGGGCAACAGAGAUUUGUGAUUCCGAGAAAUGUCAGCAGUUCUCGAGAGUGACGGCAUCUCAAGGUAAAUAUCGGAGUGCCAGUCCCGAAGAAAUGGAGACCGACGAUGUUGACUGGUCAGAUGAAGAAUUAUCACGCGGUCGGAAGAGACGUCAAUCCACAGAUUCGGAUGGGGACUGUAGUUCCUAUCUCUCUGAAGACCAAUGGGUGGAAACACCUUCACAUCCGCGCUAUGCGUUUAGACAAAAGACAGAGACAGUGGUCUUACACGCCCAGGGCGAUAUCUCUAACCCUAUUGACCGAAGAUGGUCUUGA